AUGGUGGAGAGGAGGUAUGGUCCCUGUGCCAGCCAUGGCUUCUUCCUCCUACGGCUGCUGCUGCCGUUCUUGUUCUUCUUCUCCUUUAUUGAUGUGCCACCGGCCGCCGCCGCCACCACCACCACCACGCAAUCGCCUCCACUGACCGACACGCAAAAGUCCAUCAUGAAUGAUAUUGCGAGUCUGGUGAACUCUGAAUCCGCUUCCGCCAACACCAGUAGAAAUCUCAGUGCAGACUUGGGUUAUUUUCCCAAAUUAAAGAGCUUCAACGCUAGUACCAAUAAGUUGAGUGGUCAUGUUCCUACCAGUAUGGUCGGCUCUUUGCUGGAGUUGGUAUUGUCUGGUAAUCAACUGAGUGGUUCAAUCCCUCUGGGUUUGUUUAGAUAUGAAAAUCUUACUCUGCUAGAUCUCAGCCAGAAUUAUCUAUCUGGUCCUGUCCCAGAUGAGUUCAUGGGUCUCCCCAAGCUCGAGACUUUGCUUCUUUCAGGCAAUAAACUGAUCGGGGAAAUACCAGCGAGCCUCUCAAAUGUGACAACGCUGUCUAGGUUUGCAGCCAACCAGAACUAUUUGACUGGUCCAAUAGCCAGCUGGAUUACCAAGCACGUAAGGAUGUUGGAUCUGAGUUACAACAAUCUGAGUGGGACGAUCCCCUCAGAUUUCCUCUUGCAUCAGGGGUUGCGGAGUGUUGAUCUUACUGGCAACAUGCUUAGCGGAGCUAUUCCUGGCACCUUGUCUCAAAGCCUCUACCGCUUGAGGCUUGGUGGAAACCAGCUUGGUGAGAACAUCCCAGUGUCAGUUUGUGAUACCUUGAGCAUGACUUCUCUUGAGUUGGAUGGUAAUCAAUUAAUAGGAAAUAUACCUCCAGAGCUUGGCGGAUGCAAGAGCUUAUCGUUGUUGAAUCUGGCAUCAAAUAAUUUGAAUGGUUCAGUGCCUGAUUCCAUAGGGAAGCUUGACAAACUGGUAGUGCUGAAGCUUCAAAAAAACAACCUCAGUGGUCCAAUUCCAAGUACAUUUUCUGAUUUAAGAAGCCUGACCACACUGAAUCUUAGUCACAACCAUCUCAGUGGAUCUAUUCCUUCAGAACUUGGCUCUUCAAGUGAAUUAGGGAUUCUUGAUCUUUCAUAUAACAACCUGACUGGUGAGGUUCCAUCUUCACUAUGGAACCUGCAAAGCUUGACACAGCUGGUGCUUUCUUAUAAUAAUCUUUCUGGGUUUGUUCCUAGUCUCCGCCAAAGUGUUUAUAUUGAUAUAGUUGGGAAUCCUGAUCUUGUAACUGGUACAGGAAACAAUAAUUACACUCCUAGUCAUAGUACUCAUAAGAGAAGGGCACACAACGUUGUAGUCACCAUCUUUGCCGCUGCCAGUGCUCCUGUUGGAAUAUGCUUUCUUGUUGUUAUUGCUACGAUCUCAUCACCAAAGAGAACAUACCGCGUAGACAACGUAAGGAUACCACCUGGGGAGGAUGCUUCUCAAAUCACUAAGGGUGGCCUCAUAACAAUGAACUGCUUCCGCACCUCUGCGAUUAUGUUCAUGAAAGAAAAGCAGGAUGAAUGGCGAAUUACAGCUUUCCAGACUCUGAACUUCGAGGCUGCAGACAUACUCCAGGGACUAAAUGAAGAGAACCUUGUUGGCAGCGGUGGUUCAGGGCAGGUUUACCGCGUCACAUACACCAACCGGUACAACAGGAGCAUCGGGGUGGUGGCCGUGAAGCAGAUACGAAGCUUUGGGUCGCUGGAUGAGUUGAUGGAGCAUGAGUUUGAGUCCGAGGCUAGCAUCCUGUGCAACAUCCGGCACAACAACAUUGUCAAGCUGCUGUGCUGCUUUUCUGGCACGGACUCUAAGCUCCUCGUGUAUGAUUACAUGGACAACGGCAGCCUGGACAGAUGGCUCCAUGGCGAUUACGUCCUCCGUGCAGGGCACCCUAUGGCGAGGGUGCGGCCUGUGCAGCGUGUGCCGUUGGACUGGCCAACGAGGCUCAUAGUGGCUGUCGGGGCAGCGCAGGGACUGUGCUACAUGCACCACCAUUGCUCGCCUCCCAUCAUUCACCGGGACGUCAAGACGAGCAAUAUCCUGCUGGACUCGGAGUUCCGGGCUAAGUAUGCUUACACGAGGAAGGUGAAUGAGAAAGUGGAUGUUUUCGGCUUUGGUGUUGUGCUCUUGGAGCUCACAACUGACAAGAAUGCCAACGAUGGUGGCGAUCACGGUUCCCUGGCAGAAUGGGCAGGGCAUCACUCCCGAUCAGGGGUGAGUAUCCCUGAUGCUACAGACAUCUGCAUCAGAUAUGCAGGGUAUGCUGACGAGAUUGAGACCGUGUUCAGGCUAGGCGUGAAAUGCACGGCUAACUCACCGUCCUCACGACCUACUAUGGAGGAUGUGCUGCAGAUUUUACUCAAAUGCAGCGAGCAGACGCUUAGGAAAAGCAGACUGGAGUGUACUCCGUAG